AUGUACGGAGGGCUAAACGGUACGAGCGAAUCGUGGAGUUUGCAGUUUCCCGCAACGGAGCCUCCAGUUGUCCAUUCGCCUCAAGCUGAAACAUCGGUAAGCUUUGGUGGUCCGCUUACCCUGAUCGUUUUCGGAGGUGAAGCAGUGGAAGCGACCGCUUACUUUCUAAAAGAAGAAGAGGAAGCCGGGCCGAAUUCUAGUUUUGCGCACUGGAAGGUAUGCUUUUUAUAUAUUGCCCAAUAA